UACCCUUCGACGCUCCUCGCCGUCGCCGCGCGUCGCGCCCCUCGACGUCUCUCGUAACCGCUCCGAGACCCGAUCCGGAAAUCCCCGCUCCGGAAAGUCGGAAAGCUACGUGUCUCGUUCCUCCGGAUCCGCAAGCUCCGGAUUUACCCCCGAAAAUUCCAGCACGAGCAACUUCUCAUACGCCCCGGAGCGCGAGUUGCAUAACCGGUGAAAAUCAAGGCGUUUCGAGACAACCGGGAAUUCUCGAGUGAACGGCGCCAGCUGCAAUUCGAAGAGUGUAAAUUGCCUAACUAACAAGAGUUAACGCAAAUUAAAACAAAGAGAAAAGUACAAUCCCAUCGGUAAUUUCUUAGUGAAGGGCACCAGCAGAAUACCUAACGCCGCGGAGCGUAAAUUGCAUAACUGACGAAUAUUAAGGCGUUCAAAUACAACGUGGGAAAUCACGAGUGAAUAGCACGAAUAAAAAUUCGAACGCCGUUGAGUGUAAAUUGCAUAACUGGCGAAAAUUAAGGCGUUCGAGGCAAUCUAAUGUGUCCGGGAACUCCUCCGUGAGCCGAGCGAGGACAAAUUCGGGCGACCUGGCGUGCAAAUUGUAUAACCGGUGGAAUGUAGGCGUCUCGAGACUUUCGGAUCGUCGCCUCGUUAAAUCGAAUCCCAACUCUCCGGGGAUCCCGGUUGUGGGACAUAAAACCGACACCUGCCUCUAGGACUGGAAGCGCACCUGUGACUCAGGAACUUUUUCACCCUUCGAGUUACCUCAAUUCGGCGGAGGAACCGCGCGAGGGAAGCAAUUGACUCCCUAAUUCAUCGAUGCCGCGCUGAAACUGUAGAAAAUCAUAAUCUCGAAAUUGUGUUGUGUGCUUUGGUCCGUGAAACUUUAAAAUAGGAGCAGUCUUGCGAGCGCGAUGGAUCAGUCAAAUGAAGGCAGUCGGAGAGAAGACUCUUCUGAAUUCGUGCGUUCCCGACACCUCAGCUUUCCUUCCUUUGAACCAAGUUACCGUGAAACUGGGGUUUUUCUGGCGGAAAAUCGUAUUCCGUGUGAGCGUCACGCUCGUUUGGUCUUUUAACCUCCCACACGAGUGAGAAUUCAGUCCCAAUUCGCACUAUCGAAGCGGUUCUCUUUAAUAUUUCGAGCAUCAGCAGUAAACCCGUUCCGUCAAAUAAAGCAAUGUAGGAAUUUUAAGCAAGCUUUUGUCUUUAAAAUUCGUAAUUCCUAAUAUUUUCAACAUAUCAUACUGACUAGAGAGCUUCUUGAUUUCUUUUCCAUUUUUUUUCAAAGAAUAAUUAUCAGCAACAAACCGUUACAGUUAUCUGAUCCGAGAAUAAUUUUAUUUUCAAACAGUUAAUAAACCUAUCCUCGCCAAUUGUGAACCUACAUCUCGCACUAGCGGAGCAAACAAUGCGACGGAAAGAAAUUGUAAUACUUUUCGAGUGCAAACUUUUCUUAAUUUCGAGCAUCAAAGCGCGCGAUUGCGCAUGUAAUAACGACAUGGGACCUGUGAAAUUGUGAAAUUAAACUUAUCUAACAGUCGUUCAGCGCUAGUGCCAAACCGAAGUUGUUUCCUGUGAAAGACUUGAGUUGCCCUGUGCUAGUCACCCUCGUAAUGUUAUACCCGACCGGUGCUCGCUAGACUAUCGAAGAGAGGAGAACUCCGCAGGGAGGAUGCCGCUGGGGGUCGGCAACCCGCAACACGGGUAGGUCGAGCGGGUAGUCGCAGAGAGCACCCGGGUGGUGGGCAACCCGCAUAGCACGGAGGCUCACCUGUUGCUAUGCCGGCGAACAUGUCGACGACGACGACGACGGUCCGGUUCGCCCUGUGCUCGGUGAACUGUUCCUUCGAGCCGCUGGCUCUGAUCGAGGGGCUGGACAACCUCUCGUGGGCGAUCAACGCCUCGUUCAACGAGACCGGUUCCGACGGGAGGGACGAGCCCAAGAAGUUCUGGGCGCUUAUUCUUAUGUUGUUCCCCUUCAUUACUCUCUUCGGCAACAUGCUCGUCAUCCUGAGCGUCUUCAGGGAGAGGACCCUGCAGACGGCCACCAACUACUUCAUCGUCAGCCUCGCCGUGGCGGAUCUUCUCGUUGCUGUUGGAGUUAUGCCCUUCGCCGUAUAUGUUCUGUUCAACGGCAAUACGUGGGGCCUUCCUCCUUUGUUCUGUGAUUUCUACAUCGCCAUGGAUGUUGCGUGUAGUACCUCCUCUAUUUUCAAUCUUGUUGCCAUUAGUAUAGACAGAUAUAUAGCCGUGACUCAACCUAUUAAAUACGCGAAGCACAAAAACAACCGGCGUGUGUGGUUGACGAUAGUUCUGGUGUGGGUGAUCAGCGGGGCCAUCGCGAGUCCUAUCGUCCUCGGCCUCAACAACACCCCCGACCGGAUACCCGAUCUCUGCAUGUUCUACAACUCCAAUUUCAUCAUCGGCUCCUCGCUCACUUCUUUUUUUAUUCCCUGUUGCAUUAUGGUCUUCCUUUAUUAUAAUAUUUUUAAGGCUCUUCGAAAGCGAGCGAAAAAAGCAAGAGCGGUUCGGAAACCGCAUUUAGACAUGAAACCAGGCGUAGUGAUAGAAAAUGUUACACAAACUAGGCAAUUAGCAGAAACAACAUUAGGUACAUCAGUCCUCCUUCCUAGUUCCUCCGUCCUUGAGGAGGGUCCAACGAAUACCGGAAGCGGAAGUCAGGAGGAGGAGGAGGAAGAAGAAGAGCGGUCUCCCGGCUCUGACGAUUGUCACGUGAUCCAUAACGACAAGUCUGCAGAGUUCAUCCUAGCCACGGUCGUCGAGGAAUCUGCGAUGGUGGCAACUUUAGCUUCUCCGCCAAUGACGGACCCGAACCACGACUCGGGCUACGCUGCCUCGAACGUGGACGAACCAAUGGUGCCUGUUUCCCCGGCUCCCGGAAGCCCCCACUCAAGACAAAAUCACAACCACACGGAUCUCAAAUCCAUCAAGGGGUUGAAUAGAAACUGCUCAAUGGACGACGAGGUGUCGGGGACGGGCGAGUCCGUCUACAGGAAGGGCACGACGGCGUCGGUGCGGACGGCCUCCGAGGACGAGCUCUCCGAGUCGAAGAAGGAGCGAAAAGGCACCCAAGGCAACCGCUUCACCAUCUACAAAGUGAACAAGGCCAGCCGCAAGAAGCGAGAGAAGUCCUCCGCCAGGAAGGAGAGAAAGGCCACCAAGACUCUCGCCAUAGUUCUAGGAGUGUUUUUAAUUUGUUGGGUGCCGUUUUUUACCUGCAACAUGGUGGACGCAAUUUGCACGAAGCUAGGUGCUGAGUGCCAGCCAGGAUUCUACGUUUUCCUCAUGACAACUUGGCUUGGCUACAUGAAUAGUUUCGUCAAUCCUAUCAUUUACACUAUUUUCAACCCUGAGUUUCGAAAAGCCUUCAAAAAAUUGAUGUCCAUAGGAACGUGAUAGUUUGUGAAAUUUCUUUUUGUCUAGGCCAUUACCUGUGAUUUUUUAGCUAUUUUAUAAUUAUUUUACUUACUGUCAUUUUCCAUCCAUCCCUUCUCAAAUUCCCUCCUCUUCGUGUACUUAAGAUGACCAGUGGAAAUACAGGGUCAGGCCCAGCGGGAUCCUAAUGACUCUACGAGGAACAUUAAUUUUAUUUCAUUAACUCCUUAAUUUUAGAUAUACCGAAGAGAUGAAGCUGAAUUUACCGCCAACUGUUGUAGGCAAACAAUUCGUGUAAUUUUAUUAUUUACAUUUGUCUGUUGUGGCCAUAACUUACAGUUAGCAAAAGCUUGACUUUUAAGUGGAAAAGAUUUAUGGAACAGUCUAUUUGCAGCUUUUGUCGAACAGCCACUGACUUGGAGGAGAUGAUCACCUCGGUAUUUGUGACUUCAAUGUCUUAGGUAACCAAUUUUGGCAGAAUAAUCAAGAUUUUCCUUGAACCAAAAAUCCUAUAUUUAAAUUCAAAGAGUUAUGGGCACUAACUCAAGGAGGCAUGGGUAGUUAGAUCAAUCCUCCUCACUGCAGCAUAUUGGCGAUGAAAAAUUUUUGUCGGAUGAAGUAUUUUAUCAGGAUAAAAGAAAAUAGUUUAAAGUGGAUACUAGAGUCUAUCCAUAGAAAAAGUGAUUAAAAAGUCAUACAUGAAUUUUUUUUUUUCACUUUCCUCGUAAUACUGUGAUCAAAAGUUGUAAUCUGAUCAACGCCCAGUUCUCGAGUGAUUCUGGGCUUUGCCGAAAUCAAACUGGCUAAUCACCAAGUCAAAGCUUUUGACCACAUUCAUAAACUCUGAACCUAUCAAGAACAAUAUCUCACAUUCCUGUAAAUGUUUUAUACAUACUUAAGUAAGUAUUAUUAUUGUUUUUUUUAUUAAUUGUUAAUGUAUGAUAAAUUUAUUGAAGUUUUUAUUUGAAUUGUUCAAUGAAUAAAGAUAAAAAAAAUAGACAGAA